GCAGAGAAUCAAUAUAUCGUAAAGGACAAUUGGGAGUGGUUUUUGAUGAUGUAAUAGAGGGGAAGGAGCUUUGCUCUCCUGAGGAGCGUGUGAGGCACAUUUAAAGGCUGUAGUUUCAGCGGGCGAGAGGUUUAGUGGAUAGGAAGUGGUCCAGUCUUUUCUUUCAUCUUGUUUAUUACGUGUGUUUAUGUAUAUAUGUGUGUAUUAUCGAACUCAGGGCCCCGCAUCUGCAGCCCAGGGUUUAGAACUACCAAGAAGAAACAGACAUUUGACAAUACUUCUUAGAGAUGCUCUGAGGUAAUAUCUUCAGAACGAGAGGUUUGUGGGUAGGGGAAGGAGGGCUAAGCAGCGCCAAUUCAGCUCAGCGACCGUUAGUGGAAGGCCACGUAGAGCGGGAAAAAGGCGCCAAAAAACGCAGCCAAGAGCGAGGGGGCCGAUGGGAUAUGCACGAGAGUGUUUGAACACCGAAACAGACCAAUCACAAAGUAUGACUCAAUCUAUUUGCAUAAAGAGGGCGGGGCAGUGUGUGCGGGACAGACCAAUCACAGAACAUGACUAGCUGUGACAGAGCCCUGAACCUCGCCUUCCGGCCUUGGGCCGUUGGGCCGCCAGAGACGAGCAAGCUUUUCGGUUGCGGGACAGCAGAAACCUCUCUCCUUAACAACGUUUCUCCUGGAUUUUCAGCUUCCUCAACUUCCCUGUACUUUUAGGCUGGAUCCGGACAUUUAAUACAUGGAUGGCAUUGCUGACCUUAGCAUCAUGGACUUUAAAGAAGUUAUUAAAACCAUGAUCAUAACUGGAAAUUCAUGGAGACUACAUGAAAUGAUUGACAAAUUCUUCAUGAACAUAUCAAAUUUCAACAGGAAGUCUCUGACUGAAGUACAGAAUAUUCAGAUUGAAGAAAUUGCAGUGAACCUGUGGAACUGGGCAACAGCUAAGAGACUAGAACUGUCUGUGAGGAAAAGUCAGGCAGCUAAACUGUGUUACAUUGCUUGCAAGCUGGUAUGUAUGCAUGGAGUCUCAGUUUCUUCAGAAGAAGCUAUUCAAAGACAGAUUUUGAUGAAUAUGAAAACAGGAAAACAAUGGUUGGAUACUGGAAAUGCUCAGAUUGCUGAUGAAUUUUUUCAAGCUGCCAUGGCUAAUCUGGAGAAAUUAUAUAGCAGAUUAAUGCAGAGCUGCCACACUGAGACUAACUUGUCCCUGUAUAAGAACACGGUGGAGAAGGGCAUCUUCCAUGUGCUUUCUUACCAAGCUGAGUCAGCUGUUGCUCAAGGGGAUUUCAAGAAAGCAUCUAUUUGCGUCUUACGUUGUAAAGAUAUGCUGAUAAGGAUUCCUGAAAUGACAAAAUAUCUUCAUGUACUCUGUUACAACUUUGGAGUAGAAUCGAGCAAGCAGAAUAAAUACAGAGAGAGUUCAUUCUGGCUUAGCCAAAGCUAUGAUAUUGGGAAGAUGGGUAAAGAUUCUGUUGAGCCAGAAAUGCUGGCGAAAGGUCUGCGGCUACUUGCCACUAUUUAUUUGAACUGUGAUGACGAAGCAUAUUAUAACAAGGCCCUCAUUGCUGUAAUUGUCGCUAACAAGGAGCAUUUAGAUCCAGCUGGGCUUUUCUUAAAGAUGCGGAUCCUCAUAAAAGGGAAAGCAUUCAAUGAAGAACUCCUUGAAGCUGCUAAGGAAGUGCUGUAUCUUGCUAUGCCUUUGGAGUUCUGUCUGAGCAUUAUUCAAUUCCUGAUAGAUAAUAAAAGAGAUUCUGUUGGGUUUUGCUUUCUGAAGAUCAUCGCUGAUCAUUUUAAGUUGCCAGAACAUAGAAAGAGAAUUCUGUUGUUCUACAUUGACAUGCUUUUACAAGUGGACCAAGAUGUGAUUGCUGAAGAGAAGAUUAAAGAAAUACUUAUAGAUCACCAAACAAGAAGUCGACUGACAAGAGCUUUAGUAAAUUGGUUACACAACAUUCUGUGGGGAAAAGCCACCAGAUGUGUUAAGGUCCAAAAUUAUGCUGAUGCCCUACGCUGGUACAGUUAUUCUCUGAAGUUGUAUGAAUGUGAUCAAGCGGAUAUGGAUUUGGUCAAGCUGAAGAGGAACAUGGUUUCUUGCUACUUAUCUUUGAAACAACUUGAUAAGGCUAAAGAGGCCUUGGCAGAAGCUGAGCAACAGGAUCCUACAAACAUUUUCACUCAGUAUUAUAUAUUCAAGAUUGCAAUCUUGGAUGGUGAAGCCUACAGAGCUUUACAGAUAGUCAGUGCUUUAAAAAUUUCAAUGGAGGAAGACUCAGAAGAUUGUGGACUAAUUGAAAAUGGAGUUUCAACUCUCAGAAUCCUAAGUUUAUGUGUAGAGUUUGCUCUAGAGAAUGAACAACAAUUUGUGGCACAAAAAGCUUUGGAAUAUUUAAUUCAACUUUCAAAAGACCCAAGAGAAGUACUUGAAGCUUUAAAGUGUCUCGUUCGAAUUAUUCUUCCACAAGCUUUUUACUUGCCAGAAUCUGAAAUUAAAAAGAAAGAAAUGAAUAGACUUUUGAGUUACUUGGAUACAGCACUCCUGAAAUUUUCUCAACAUUUUGAUGACACUUCCUCAACUUUGGAUCCUAUGGUUAAUGAUGCCAAUUGGUUCAGGAAAAUAGCUUGGAACUUAGCUCUGCAAUCUGAGAAGGAUCUAGAGAAAAUGAAAAACUUUUUCAUGAUUUCUUAUGAGCUGUCCCUUUUUUGUCCUUCGGAUCAAGGACUACUGAUUGCACAGAAAACAUGUUUACUUGUAGCAGCUGCAGUUGAUCUAGAGCAAGGAAGAAAAGCUACAACAACUUAUGAACAGAACAAGUUACUAAGAAUGGCACUUGAGCAGAUCCAGAAAUGCAAAAAUGUUUGGAAUCUCCUGAAACAAACAGGAGAUUUCUCAGGUGAUGACUGUGGGGUAAUGCUUCUGCUGUAUGAAUUUGAAGUUAAAACCAAAACCAAUGAUCCAUCCCUGCACAGCUUUCUGCAAUCAGUUUGGAAGAUGCCUGGUUUAGAAAGCAGAACACUUGAAAUAAUGGCAUCACUAGCUAUGGAUAAACCUGCACACUAUCCUACUAUUGCACAGAAGGCCUUGAAAAAACUUUUAUUGAUCUAUAGAAGGAAAGUGCCAAUUAAUGUUUUGAGAUACAGUGUAUGCAUGCACAACUUGAUUGACCUUCUGGUGUCAGAUAGAAGAUGGAAUAUGGCACUGUAUCCCCUAAAAGAAGUUUGGGGCCAUUUAAAAAGUGCUCUGAGUCUCAUUCGCCAAACCAAAGGCUACCCAGAAGAGGAGAUUGUAUGGCUAAUGAUCAAGGCUUGGAAUAUUGGAAUAUUGAUGUAUAGCAGGAACAAGUAUAUAUCUGCAGAAAGGUGGGCAAGAAUGACUUUGGAGUUCCUUGACCACCUUGGCUCCCUCAAAACAAAUUAUGAAGCAAAGAUGAAACUUUUAUAUGCCAACCUCAUGGAAGCAUUAGAUGAAAGGUUGGAUUUAAGGUCUCCAGAGAUGACUGAACGGAUAAGAGCACUUGCUGUUCCUCCAGAGGGCCAAGGUUCAGUUCCCAGCACCAACAUGGCAGCUCACAACCAUCUGUAACUCCAGUUCCAGGGGAUCUGACACUGUCUUCUGGUCACUACGGGUACCACGGUGCAUGUGCAUAAAAUUAAAGUGUGAUUUCACUUCUCAGUGAAGAGUGAUAAUGAUUGGAGGAAAUUGUAGAAAGGAGGUGUAUAUUCAUGAGCUGGUAAAUAUUUCACUGUUACAUGUUCCUUUGAACCUUUGUUUUCUUAAGCCCUGUUCUUAUGUUGACUAAAAGUUUCUCAAAUAAAAGCAUUUUGACUUUUA